AUGUAUAAUUCUGUUAUGCAAGAGCAAGUUAACGAAGGCAUAAUUAAGAUGCGUCAUGACGAAUGUUUUACUGGAUAUGUAAUGUCGCAUAGAGAGGUUUUCAGGGAGACUUCUUCCAGUACAAAAACUAGGAUAGUAUAUGAUGCCAGCAGUAAGCAAGAAAUUACAGACCCCAGUAAUUGGAGGCAUUGUAGUGGUAAGCAGAACCCAGCCGAUAUGUUAACUAGAGGGAUUAGUAGCAAGGAUUUAAUCACCUCUGAGAGCUGGUGGCAUGGUCCUGAAUGGUUGAGGAACGCGGAAAACCUUUGGCCCAAAGCAAAGAGAUUUCAGUAUGAUUCUAAAGAGCCAGAAAUUGCAUUUGAAUUUAAAUCCGGCGUUAUAAUUAACACAGCUAUUGUUCAAGAAAAAAUAAUAGAUCCAGAAAAAUUUAGCUGCUUGCUUAAAUUGCUAAGAGUGACUUCUUGGAUAUUGCGUUUUGUAAAUACUCUUAAAAGGAAAAAUGUUAAAAAGGGUCCUCUUACUUCAGAAGAACUUUCCGACGCAGAAAUGUUUUGGAGUCACAGGAAGACUAGAGAAACAACCCAUUUAUCGACCUAUGAAAAGCAUCCAAUCAUACUCCCUCCCAAGGCUAAAUUAACAGAGUUAUUAAUUUGGGAAUCUCACAAAAGAGUCUUUCAUUCUGGUGUAUCCCAUACGUUGGUGCAAAUAAGAGAGAAGUUCUGGAUUUUAAAAGCCAGACAAACCAUCAAAUCUCUUCUUGGAAGAUGCACAAUAUGUAAACGAUUCAACUCUUCUCCCGGAAAUCAAGUGAUCGCGCCACUUCCAGACAUUCGUGUAGAACAGUCAUCUCCAUUUACGAUCAUCGGUGUUGAUUUUGCUGGCCCUCUUUUCGUUAAAGAUAGUAUUAACAAGCAAUAUAUCUUGUUGAUAACUUGUGCAGUGACAAGAAGUGUUCAUCUAGAACUGGUCGGUGAUUUGACUACCGAUACAUUUCUUCUAACUUUCCGACGCUUCAUUUCUCGACGUGGCUUGUGCUCUGUGGUGGUCUCUGAUAAUGCACGCACCUUUAAACGUGCAGAAUUAGAGAUAAAACUCAUUUGGAAUGUUCUGAAUCAUGCAGAUGUAAAAAACUUUUACUCUGCUAACGGAAUUAAGUGGAAAUAUAUUGUUGAAAGAGCCGCCUGGUGGGGUGGUUUUUACGAACGAAUGGUACGUACUGUGAAAACUGCUCUGCGAAAAACACUUGGAAAAUCAUGUCUCACUGUUGAGCAGUUGCUGACUGUCCUUACCGAGAUUGAAGGCAUGAUUAACUCUCGGCCAAUCACAUAUGUUGGUAGUGACACUGAAGAACCGAUUGCUCUGACUCCAGCACAUUUUCUUCUAGGGAAACGUGUUACCUCCUUGCCCUCUGAAAUUUUGAUGAAUCCCCUGGUUCAUCCGGGGGCAGGAUGUUGA